AUGCUCUCGAUCGAAUGGUUCGCAUUUUUUACUUUGGUAGGUAGAGAUGUACUAUCUAGUCAGUUCCAGUCCAUACCGUCAUCAACUGCUGACUGGCCCGACCCGCACUGGGCUACGGUACAUCGCGUAUCCUUCUGCGACCAUUCACAACCAGUCGCUACCAUGAUUGCUCUUACGCCUCUCGUCUGA